ACUAGUUUAGCCGGUUCCCGGGGAAUUAAUUGGAGAGUAGUUUCAAAGUCCGCGAGGGCGUGCUGGGUUCCCAACUUCCCAUACAUAUUGUGUAGUACCAAAAGUCAGCUGCAAAGCUCCUUCGCGAAACUUCCGUCAAUUCCCGUUUCUCCACUCGAUCGCCGUCGUCGCGCAAGAUGGGUUGGUUGAGCCGGUUCCUGGCCGCGGUGGCUUUCCUAGCCGUCGGCGUCGUCUUCUCGCCGGAGACCUUCGGAUCCAAGUCGGCCCAGCAGCUCUCCACCUACCUCAAGCUCGCUCACCUCCUGGCCUUCUCCACCGCUUUCGGCGCCGCCCUCUGGGUCACCUUCAUCGGCGGCAUCAUCAUGUUCAAGAAUCUUCCGAGACAUCAAUUUGGUAACCUGCAGAGCAAGAUGUUCCCUGCUUACUUCUCGAUGGUUGGAAUUUGCUGCGCCAUAUCUGUGGCGGCUUUCGGGUACCUGAACCCCUGGCAAUCAGCAUCCACAACCGAGAGAUAUCAGCUUGGUUUUCUGCUCUCUUCCUUCGCUUUCAACCUCUGCAAUCUGUUCGUUUUCACCCCCAUGACCGUCCAGAUGAUGAAGCAAAGGCACAAGAUAGAGCGAGAAUUGAACAUUGGAGACGAAGUAGGGUGGUCAAAGAACUUGAAAGUUGCAAAGAGUGACCCAAAGCUCGCUUCCAUGAACAAGAAAUUCGGCAUGAUCCAUGGGUUUUCAUCGCUUGCUAAUAUCAUGUCCUUUGGUGGCCUUGCCAUCCAUUCUUGGUACUUGGCAGGUAAGUUGAAUCUGUAAGUCUGGAGAUUGGGGAUGAUGUUGUAUCCCAUUACCAGUGAUCUGUAAUACUAUUUGUAGUUUUGAAUGCAGACUUGUGAAAAUCUCUGCCGUUUCAAGUACUGUUUUCUCAAUUCUACCUUGUAUCAGACGAUCUUUAGACAAUCACAUUCCUCUGAAGCAAUAAUAAUUUUCACGCUUUAGAUACGCCUGUUCUUUUUUCCAGAUACUUGGAUGAGAUGAGACAAUGUGGGUAGGUUGAUUUUUUAUUAGAAUUGUUGGGCGUGUUGGUAUGUAUGUUGGAUUUGAAAAUUAAGG